AUGAAGGCUCUACUUUGGCUUUACCGUGUUUUGUGUUUUGUUUGCUACUGCUGGGCUGUGUCCCAAAUGUCAAGACUGAGUGUGAGUUCAAGCUCAGUGACUGGAAGUCUACCACCAAUGAAUAGCUACAUUGAUAUACCAUGGCUGGCAUCUAUGCCUGAUAAUUGCCAGGGCAUUGUCCUGACUCCAUGGUUGAUUCUUUCAACAGCUAAUUGUCUGAAGAAAUCGAGACUGUUACACAUGGACAUUUCAGGAGUAAAUGACCCAGAAAGCAUUUCACAUGGCCAAAGAAUCUGCCUCCACCCCAAGUUUAACCUCAACGAUGAAAAUGAUCCAAUGAAAGCAGAUAUUGGCUUGGUUAUUCUUGAAGAACCUAUCUAUGGGGAUGAAAUACCACUAUCUCAGUUCCCUAAUAUAUCCCUGAAGAGCUGUUCUAAGUGCCAAUAUAACAGCUGUUAUGUGUAUGAGUAUCAGAGUAGCCAGAAGCUUGGAACCACUAGAGUAAAGAAGAUAGAUGUGCAGCUGCUAGAUUUCUCAACGUGCCACCACCAACACUACAAUUUAGAGAAGACUGUGGGCUUGUGUAUUCAGAGUCAACCACGGGAAGACUGCUGGGUACAGAGAGCCAGUCCUGUUCUAUGUCUCCUAAAGAACCAGUGGGAACUAGUGGGCCUCAUACAUAAGACUUCAAGGAUAUGUCAAAAUCCCACAGUCAUCAUUAGAACAACUCCUUACUUUACCUGGAUAAAACAAUUCAUCAAGGCAUCUAAGAAACUAUUAAAUCCCACACCCUCCUUACACUGUAGGACAUUGUAUGACAAUGAGUAUGUUCCCCAAAUCAGACAUAGCCAUAAUCAUUUCACAACUCUGGCCUCCAAUAAUUACCUCUUGAGGGUUUUACAAGGAAACGUAGGUGUUUCUCCACAAACCAAACAUACCAACAAUUUACCAAAAAUCUUGAAUUUUAGUGAUCUAAAUUAUCUUGCUGAUAGUCAUAGAUUGUUCCUUGAUAAAAACAAGACCACACAACCUGUCAAGCCAUUGCCUGUUGCUGGACUUCCAGGAAAAUUUGGACAGAAUUUAACUCAGUACCGUCCAAAUACUCCUCCACAGAAUAUAGGUAAUUUAAGUAAACCUCCAUUAUCUCAGGUUAUUUCUAACACAACUAUAUCAUAUAAUUCUUCUAAGACUGAUGGUGAUAAUCCCUUGGGUUUUGCAGCAUAUAAUAUUGAUGAGUCUUUUGAUAAAAUCAUGGCAGAUAUAAUUAAACAAUCAAGCCCAUCAGAAGAUUAUGGAGUGGAACCUGAAAAUCUCUAUGAGGAUAGUAUGACUGAUGAUUCUUGGACAGAAAAUGUUACUGAUUUAGAAAAAUACCAGAAUCUUUUGAGGGCCAUGUCAAUUGAACCUCAGAAUCAAUAUACAACUAAGGCCAACUUACCACCAAAUUUAUUUUUACCUGAAGGAGAGGUACCCUGGGGACUCUCUACGUCAGGUGCAAGUGUUAAAAAAACAGACCUGCCCAUGAAAUGUCUACGAAAAAAUGAAAUGUCUAAUAUGUCUCCUUUUGAAAGUAGAGGGAUUCCUAAACCAAGUGGUAUAAUUAAGCUCUGGAAUUCUCCUUUUGACUACUUUGUUGUAAGUUCUCAAGAUCAAGCAGUUACUGGUUCAGUAAGAGCUCAGAAUUAUCCUGUAACUGAUACCAGUCAACUCCAGAUUCUACCAGUGGACAGCAUAAGUAUGCCCUCAACUCCUAAAUUUACCUAUGAAUCUUUACCUAUUGAUUUUGAGGCUGAAACUCCUCAAAAUUCAAAUUAG